AUGUCGACUCGACCAGACUCUGCGGCUACGCGACCACGUUCCCGCCGCUCAAUCGCCCAUGUACCACGAUCUAAGAUGACGUCCGGUCUGGACAAGGAGAAUGCGACGACAGACAUCGGAGCUAUGGCACCCUUUGAACCCAACACCAAGCCCACUACAAAGGACAAGAAGUCUCGAAGUAAGAGCUUAGGACCAGGAGGACUGGAUGCUCUUCAAAAUUCCAAUGGCAAUCGCCGCAAGUCGACCGCCUCAUUUCCUCUAAAAUCGAUUCUCAAACCUACAGUACCUGUGUCUCCCGUGCGAAACAUACCAUCGUUUGAAGAAACGCGCCGGCGCACCCCUGCUCGUGAUGCAUCAAACCAUAAUGUCGAUGCCGACGGCAAUGACCAAGGACAAGAGGGACUACUGAUCGAUUUUGCAACACCACCGCAGCCCGCUAUGGCAGGAGAUGGGAAUAUUGACAAUCCGUUUGACAACUUCAAUGCGACAUCUGCUAUCCGCGACGAGAUGGCUGCAACAAGAGAACGCGACGAGAAGGAGCGCCGUGAACGUGAACGUCAAACUAUCAUGGAGAAGCGAGAAGCGCGACGGAAAUCAAUGGCAAAUCGUCGUGUUUCGUUCGCCCCUGAAGCCACAUUACACACCUGGAACGUGGUUGAAAUACCCGAAGACGCAACAUCAUCAUCUGCCUCCAAUUCUACACGACGUGCAUCAUCUCUUACGAAUACUCAGAAUCAACCACAGCCCACGCUAACUCCGGCGAAGGAGGCACCUGCAUCACCAGAUGACGCCGAGUCAGACUUCGGCUUUUCUCCAGUUCGCGAGCAGGACCUACAGCAAAUGAGGGACCGCUCUGCAUCGACUGGCACAGACGAUGGCCCCGCAGACCUCUCAAGCCCAUUCAGCGGAAGCUCAGCUGCGAGCGAAGAUACUGGCGCACAUAGCUUAACUGAAGAGGAAGAAGAUGACAACUCCUUAGGAUCUGACGAUGGAUUUGACGCCGAAAGCACUGCUAUGAGCAUGGACGAUUUGACUGCCCGCUCUACUGCUACUGUGCAGUCAGAUGUAUCAUCCAGUUCCAGUUCCAGUGCCAGACUCAACGACGCACUGCGCCAGGCUGCCAAGGAAGCCGGAACCGCAGCAAUAGACGAGGAAACUGGUGAAAUGUCAAUGGAACUUGCGGAUCAAGAAAUCACUGGUGCCUUUCAGCCCUGGAUCAAGAAAGGCCAAAGGCAAAGCUUCGACUGGGAAGACAUUAGUGCCCGCCAUGACCAAGAGAACGUCGACCCUUCCAAGGCUGUUUCGACUCUGGAGUUCCCGGCGUCAGAUGGGAUGGAUGAGGACGAAGAUCUUAGUAUGGAUGUGACAAAUGUUGUUGGCGGCAUUCUAGGCAAAGCACCUGGGCGUCGCCAGAGUGUUCCCAAUCGCAAGUCCUUAGGCCUAGAAACGAACUAUGGCGACCAAACCAUGGAGAUGACUGGAAUGGUUGGAGGCAUUGCGCCUACAGAAUCUCCGUCCAUGCCCACAAAUGAUGAUAACGACGAUGAAGAGAUGACUAUGGAGUUCACGUCAGUCGUGGGUGGUGUUUUAAACAAAAGCCAACAAUUCCAGCAAGCUGCGGAUAGCAGCACGGAACGACCAGGUUCCUACACUCCAAAGUCAGACCACAUGUCUGUGGAUGUGGAUAAUGAACCCGACGAUGGUAUGGAUAUGGAAAUGACUGGCGCCGUUGGUGGUAUUCUGCCAUCUGGAUCGAGGACCCCGGACAGAGCUCAGGCGAAAAGGAUCAUGGAGCUUGAGACUGAGUCCGGCCAAUUGGGAAGCUCGCCCUUCCAAGAGAAUGUCCGGCAAUCUCCCGCGAAGUCUCCUACGAAAUCACCUCUUGCUAUGCAUGUCGCAGCUGUUGCUUCCGAGAACGGCAGCCCCAGCCUGGCGAGUGUUCAACCCAGACGUUCUUCACGCCGUAGCUCUGUAUUGGGCGCAUCAAGAACCCCAGAGUCAGCCACUCGCCAGCGCUCACCAACGAAGAAACCGACUACUCCCUCGAAACAGCUGACACCUCAGCCAAAACCCACCACUCCCAGCAAAACUCCACCGUCUGCCAAUAUCACCUUCCGUAGCGCCUCUCCGAAGAAGCUCUUCCAGCCCGAGAUCCAGCAGUCGGCACAGAAACGCAAGUCUACCCGCCUGAGCAUCUUUGAACAGAACACUUCCAAUGGACAGUCAACCCCUCGCAUUCUUCUUCAACCCCGUGAGGGACGUCGAUCUUCCGGCCUGGGGAUCGAUAAGGAAGGUCUUGGAUCGCCUCGCGUCGCGGCUAUUCUGGACAAGCGUCUAUCACUGGGUGAGAAUACACCGCAGUUUGUUCCCCAGGAACGAUCCCGUGGUGGUGUACGGUUUGAAGACCCAUUGAAAAUGCAGGCAGAUGAAGAGCGGGAGCGCGAGGAGGAGGAACUCAGAGAGGACGGUCAUAUCCCUCCGCCUAUCAAUUUGGACCGAGAUCCCACUUCGAGUUUGAAGGAUAUGAUUUCGAGCAUGAGUCCGAAGAAGGGCAAGGUCGGCAGUCGCAAGAGUCUACACGUCGGAGCUGCUCGUGGUAUCUUAGGCAAGCGGCCUGCGGAGCUCGAUCUGGAGGAAGAGGAGGUAGAGAACUCACCCAAGCGACUGCGUGGGCAUACCGUCAGUCCUGUCAAAGGCGUCAGACUGCCAGGACCAACCCAUGAUGGAACGAGUCGCCGAUCCAUCCGUUCUCCCGUCCGCAGAGCUCGUAGCUCCUCGCCCCUCAAGGGUAGCGCCACCCCUACUCAGGAACCAAGGAGCGUCUCUAACAAGGGGACGACGCCGCUCAAGGAGGGUAUCGAUGCUCUACACCUUGUCUCUGAUCAGCCAGAGGAAGAAGAGGCAGAGGAGGUCACUGCUGAAGGCCAAGCUGCUGAUAUGGAGCCUAUCCAGCUUCAAGAUUUCCUUAACAUGACCAAUAUCCACUUCAUGGAGCUCACCACAACGAAGAGACGACACACCACUGCACCUGGGAGUGCUACCAAAAGGCUGAGCCGGGCUUCCUUGGUGAAUGUCGCUAAGCAAGGCACAAGUACUUUUGACGACUGUGUGGCUGCUGGCUUUUGCACAGUACCUAUGCUAGAGCUGUACCAGCACUCUUGCCGUGAAUUGAAGUCAUACAUCUCCGAAGGCCGUCAAGUGAUUCGAUCUAUUGAAGCCGAAACAUACACCGACAACCCCCCUCUCUUCCGUGAAUAUAUGUGUGCCCCUCCAGACAUCCGUGUGAUUAUGGACAACCAGUUCCGAAAUGUCAAAACACAUGCACGCCUGCUUAGCAAGGCUACGUGGUACGAGUGGCGGAUGAAGCUUCUCGAGGGUUUGAAGGAAGGACUCCACCGCCAUGUAGAGGACAUGAAGGCGGACGACGAGCUACUGUCUAAACACGAGGAGCUUCUCAAUAGCGCCGUGCCCCCCUUGGUAGAAAAGCAUGCCUCUCUAGAGCAAGAGAUGAGCAAUCUACAGCAACUGGUGGAAGAGAUGGAGAGCUGUGAUCAAGACGAGUUGCGAGGCGCACGCCAAACGCUUUCCAGGGUCGAUGAUGAGAUUGAGGCCAGGAAGAGAGAACUCAAGCAGCUGCAAGAGGAGGUCCAGCAAAGGACCAACAUUAUCGAAGCCGGAACUGAGAUGCGCGAUGAGUACCUGGCACAGAUCCAGGAGGCGGAGCGCGUCAAGGAAGAGUGCCGCGGGUGGAGUGCGCUAGAUAUUCGCGAGCUCAAGGCUUCUGUCCAGCAAAUCGAGCGUCAAACUCGCUGGUCAAUUACCUCUGCAUCGACACCUGCAGAAUCAUCUACCGGUCCCAUGUUGACCAUAUCAUACCGCGGCCAGUUGCAAAUCAAGUUCCACCCCGAGGCCUUUGCAACCAAGAACUCAACAGCCGAGAAGACGAAUCUUCCUCUCGAGUUGAGCUCCAUCAAAGGCAAGGCGCUCUCCCCCAUUGCAUCGCUUGUCUUGCCAUCAUUGCAGCGCCACCUCGCCACAAUCCAGCAAUCCAAGGUCGCCCCGAAGCAGCUUCUGCGCUUCAUCUCAAAUGCCUGGGACCGCACCAUCGGCCUUGAGAACGAAGCUCGCAUGCUCGAGUUCUGCGGCGUCACCCGCCUCACCCUCUCAGAUCCCAACGAUGCCUCGCUCUACCUACGUGCUCGCUGCACUCUCCUCGGCAACGCGGCCGUCUCAUCCACGCCCGGCCGUAAAGGCGCUGCGGCCAAGAACAACAGUGCGAAGCGUAUUGAUGUUGACUUCACCGUCCGUACGCGCAUUGACACUGAGGUUGAGAACAUGAAGGAGAUCGGCUCUCUCGAUUUCGAUAUCGAUGUUCUAGCCACGAAGGUCUAUGGCUUCGGCGCUGGUAACAAGUCCGGUCUCUCCGGCAAGGAGAUGCAGAGUAUUCUUGGCAAGGGGAUGGUUCGUGACGAUGGGAACGCCCUGGGCAAUGGAGUCUGGUGCAAGGCCGUACGGAUGCUAACUGGGUCUGUGUUUUAA